AUGGCUGCUACUGAAGUAUUAGGUCGAUCAUUUUCGGAUGCUCUUUAUGAACGCUACUGUGAUUUUGAUUCGACAUUGGACGACCUAAAAAAUGAUUGUGAUAUCGUAUUUUUUGUUGGUUCAUCGCCAAAAAAAACAGAGUCGGGUCUUAUUCUAAAUGCAUCUACUGUUGUUUUAACCGAUGAACGUAUAUCUCAUGUGGGCGAUCCUCAUGCUGUAACAAUAUCGUGUUUUCAUGUUGAACUUAUUGAUAUAUCAUCCAAUGCGUUUUCGGAUUGGCAUGAAAUAUCACUUCUGCUUUCAUCGUUACCGCAUGUAAAAACAAUCAAUUUAAGCUUCAAUCCAUUCCCUUCUGAUUUACAUAUAUUACCAGUGGAAUUACAAUGGCCCAAUCUUAAUACUCUAUGUCUUAAUGGAAGUCAUAUUGGUAUGGAAAUGAUUGUUGAAUUACUUAAGAAGACACCCAAUUUGGAAGAACUUCAAAUCUGUUCAAAUGAUUAUACAGAAAUAUCAUCGGAUUAUGGAUUUCAACAUGGCACUCUUAAACGUCUUUAUAUAUCAAAUAAUAAUCUAACCGAUUGGUCAUCAAUAUGUUAUCUUGGUCGUUUAUUCACACGUCUGGAAACUUUCAUAGCUAGUGAUAAUCCUUUAAAAAGCUUUCGUUCGGAUGACGAUGUUACUAUAUGUUUACCAUACUUACAUACACUUAGUGUUGAUAAAGUCCAAGUAUCAGAAUGGGACGAUAUUAUUGCAUUGACUAAACUGCCUCGUUUAAUUGCGCUAAGAAUUCAUAUGGCACCGCUUCUUAAGCCUUAUCAAAAAGAUGAACGCUUUUUUCUAUUACUCGGUUAUAUGAAGCAUUUAACGAAAUUAAAUGGAAGUGUAAUAACAGCAAAUGAAAGAGAAACUAGCGAACGAAGAUUUAUUCGUUUCUAUUCACAACAGGACGAUAAACCACAAAGAUAUUUUGAAUUAACGGAAAAACAUGGUAAUCUUAAACCCUUGGUUGAUAUUAAAAUUCGUGCACCUUAUUUAAUCAAUGUUCGACUUGUUCAUAAUCAAAUCACACACGACAAAGAAAUUGAUGUUCGACAAACGGUGCAACAAUUUAAAAAAUAUCUUCAUGAAAUGUUUCACAUACCAUUAACACGUAUACGAAUUUUUCACAUAGACGAUGUUGCUUUUAAUAUGGGUAUUUGUGGACCUGAAGAACUCAAAUAUCCACAAAGAUUACUACACACGUAUAAUAUUCAUGAUGGAGAUCAAUUUCAUAUUGAUAUCAAACAAGAUCCACCAAAACCUCAAUAUUCAAGUAGACUAGCUGAUACUUCUCGUAAUCGUAAGAAAUCUACUGAUACUAAUUUAACCAAUUCAUCAACAUCCUCCGACGAUGAUAAAACAAAUUUGUCACUUGAAAUUUCACCAUUUUCAUUUGAUUCUUUACAAAAAUUAGCUGAGCAGAACCCUCCAAAUCAAACAACUAUAUUUGAACUUGAUCAUAUUUGUCCAUCUGUAGAUAAAAAUAUUCAAAUGAACGACGAAGAUGAUGAUUUGUUAUUAGCAGCAGCGGCCGCUGUUGCUUGCAAUAAUAUGCAAACAAAGUGA